AUGUCGUCAAACAAGAUGGAGCAGAGCCUCGACGACAUCCUCAAGGCAUCCAAGACUUCUCGCCGUGGCCGCAGCAGUCGCCGUUCCGGCGCGGGACGCCCAGCCGCCGCUCCAGCUCCUGUUGGCGGUGUUGCAAAGUCCACCAAGCAAGCCAAGCCCGCCAAGGCUGCGCCUGCCGCACCCGCCGUCAUCCUGGCCGGCGAGACAAAGAUCAUGGUAUCCAACUUGCCAAGGGACAUUGACCAAGUCCAACUUCAGGAUUACUUUGCUUCAGCAAUCAACGUAGGUCGACCAAAGAAGGUUCUCCUCCAGUACGAUGCUGCUGGUCGUAGCGUUGGUAGCGCAACCAUCAUUUUCAACAAGCACGAUCAAGCUGCUAAGGCUACUGCUGCUCUGGACGGUGUUAAGAUUGACGGGCGCCCUGUUCGCGUUGAGAUGCUCGUCAGCCCUAGCGCAAUCCCGGCUGCUGCACGCCCAGCUUCCCUCGCCGAUCGCGUUACCCAACCCAAGAAGGAUAAGCCCAAGCCCGCCACUACGGAAAAGGCUGCUGCUGGUGCCACUCGUGGACGUGGACAGACCCGUGGACGCGGAAAGGGCCGCGGCGGUCGUGACGCACGCCCAAAGAAGAAGACCGUUGAGGAGCUGGAUGCUGAGAUGGCCGACUACUUCCCCGGAGGUGAGACCAGCAACGCUGCCAGUGGCGCUGAAGUCGCCCAGGUUACCGCCGGCGGUGACACUGCCAUGGAUGAUGAGAUGCUCUAA